AUGAAUCUUAUUUCAGAAAGAAGAAUGAAUCAACCAACUGAGCGUACUAGGCUUUUAAUACCUGUUACUCUACAACCAGAAUACCCAUUUAAUUCUAGUAUAAGCAGAGAACGCAAAAAGCGUGUUAAGCAGUUCCAAUGUUGCUUAUGUGCCAUGUUUUUGUCAAUAUUUCUCAUUACUAUAGUAAUAACAGUUAUAUAUAGUAUCAACGAGGAAGACAAAAACAAUUCUACCUCCAGCGUAAAUGAAAGUAAUACUUCAAUAGAAACGAUAGAAACUCCUGUAAUAUCAUUGUUUUCUGCAAUUGUUCCACUAGAAGAUGCCAAUAAAGAAAAGAAAACAUUGAACAAUGUAGAGCUUUGGAACGAGGCUAUUGAAGAAGGAAAAAAAGGUUUAAAUCAAAAAGACGAAAUCGAAAAAGAGGUUCCUUCUUUGAAUAUGCAGAGUCCCAGUUACAGACAUCAAAGAGUCACUGCUACGCAUGAAAAAGGGAGACUUUUAAAUAAAACGGAUAACCAACCUGUAGAAGUUAUAUGUGAGAAUGCACUGAUAUCAACUAAUAAACUAUGCGAAAAUACCAGAAUAGAAUGCAACAAAUUUCACAAAUAUCGCUCGUUUAAUGGUUCGUGUAAUAAUUUAAAGAAACCACAGGAAUAUGGGGUUGCCUUUAGGCGCUUUAGAAGAAUGCUACCUCCAGAUUAUGCUGAUGACCACGACAUUACUGCUACAGCUUUGAGCCAGAAAGCAAAUGGAAGUACGAUCUCCUGUUGCGAUUAUAAUGUAUUCACAUCGCCCGAGUGUUUUCCAGUGCGAUUGGAUGAAGAAGAUCCUUUUAGAGAAUAUAACGUUAGCUGUAUAGAAUUCGUCAGAUCAGCUCCAGCACCGACUUGUUGUCUAGGAUCAAGAGAACAAUUAAACCAAGUCACCUCGUUCAUCGACGGAUCAGUUAUUUAUAGCGCUGAUGAAGAUUUCGCAAAGAAACUGAGAGAUUCCACUAAAGGCGAUGCUAGAGCAAAUGAAAAUUUACAUUUAACCACCAUGCAUUUGCUGUGGGUACGCCAACACAACCGUAUAGCCGAAAAUUUGUCAAAAAUUAACACUCACUGGGACGAUGAGACCAUUUUUCAAGAGACACGAAGAAUAGUAGCGGCUCAAAUUCAACAUAUAACCUAUAAUGAAUUUCUACCAAUUUUAUUAGGUCACAACCUAAUGCGAAAAUAUGACUUACUUCCACUCAAAUGGGGGUAUUCUAAGAAAUAUAAUGACAGCCUAAAUCCCGACAUCGCGAAUAAUUUCGCAACUGCAGCAUUUAGAUUCGCUCAUUCCAUUAUUCCAGGGCUGAUGAAACUCCUUGCAAAUGAUACGUCAUCUCCGGAAUAUGUGCAAAUGCAUAAGAUGUUGUUUAAUCCUUUUGGUUUGUAUAAGCUAGGAGAAAUGGAUAGGACACUAAAGGGAGCUAUGAAUACAACUAUUGAAGCCAGUGAUUCCUAUUUCACUAACGAGUCCGGACGACCUCUACCUUCAUCUAGAACAGUCAGUCUGAUAGUCCAUAGACCGUACUAUAGAGAUGACCCAAAAUUUUCCGUAAUGCUGGCUGUGUGGGGUCAAUUUUUAGACCACGACAUUACUGCUACAGCUUUGAGCCAGAAAGCAAAUGGAAGUACGAUCUCCUGUUGCGAUUAUAAUGUAUUCACAUCGCCGAGUGUUUUCCAGUGCGAUUGGAUGAAGAAGAUCCUUUUAGGCGAUGCUAGAGCAAAUGAAAAUUUACAUUUAACCACCAUGCAUUUGCUGUGGGUACGCCAACACAACCGUAUAGCCGAAAAUUUGUCAAAAAUUAACACUCACUGGGACGAUGAGACCAUUUUUCAAGAGACACGAAGAAUAGUAGCGGCUCAAAUUCAACAUAUAACCUAUAAUGAAUUUCUACCAAUUUUUAUUAGGUUAGUAAAAAUCUUCCAAGUCACAAUCCUAAUGCGAAAAUAUGACUUACUUCCACUCAAAUGGGGGUAUUCUAAGAAAUAUAAUGACAGCCUAAAUCCCGACAUCGCGAAUAAUUUCGCAACUGCAGCAUUUAGAUUCGCUCAUUCCAUUAUUCCAGGGCUGAUGAAACUCCUUGCAAAUGAUACGUCAUCUCCGGAAUAUGUGCAAAUGCAUAAGAUGUUGUUUAAUCCUUUUGGUUUGUAUAAGCUAGGAGAAAUGGAUAGGACACUAAAGGGAGCUAUGAAUACAACUAUUGAAGCCAGUGAUUCCUAUUUCACUAACGAGCUAAAAUCGCACAUGUUUGAACGAACAGUUGAGCAACUUAAGCAACCAAAACUAUGUGGUCUGGAUUUGGUAUCUCUCAACGUCCAAAGGGGCAGAGACCACGGUUUGCCAGGUUACACAAAAUGGAGAAAACUUUGUGGAUUAAAGAACAUGGUACGAACGUACAUAAGAAAAACUCAGAAUGGUGCUGGCUUCUCAUAUAGCACUGAAGACCUUAAUAUGGCAAUUGAGGAUAUCAGAAAUGGUAUCAAGACAAGAGUCAAAGGAACGUGUGGGGCGGAACUGACUUCAAAGAAGGUAACGGUGGUGGAGUUCAGUCAUAUUUGUCGUCUCUUGAGGGAAGAGAAAUUGCAGAUUGAAUAA